UCCGCCCCGGCCCAGCCCCGCCCCGCCCCGCGGAACGGCGCGGACAGAGGCGCGGAGCGGCCGAGCCCUGAGGAGCCGCCGAGAUGCUGAGCUCUCCCUGGGCGCGCUUCUACUCCAACAGCUGCUGCCUCUGCUGCCAUGUCCGCACCGGCACCAUCAUCCUCGGCAUCUGGUACCUGAUUAUAAAUUCGGUGGUCUUGCUGAUCCUACUGAGUGCCCUGACUGAUCCUGACCAGUACCACCUGACUAGUGCUGAGUUAGGGGGUGAAUUUGAAUUUAUGGAUGAUGCCAAUAUGUGCAUUGCCACCGCAAUUUCUCUCCUUAUGAUUCUGAUCUGUGCAAUGGCUACAUAUGGCGCAUAUAAGCAACAUGCAGCUUGGAUCAUCCCUUUCUUCUGUUACCAGAUCUUUGAUUUUGCUCUCAACACAUUGGUUGCCAUCAGUGUCCUCAUCUAUCCCAGCACAAUUCAGGACUACCUCCGUCAACUGCCCAACAAUUUUCCCUACAAGGAAGAGAUUAUGUCUGUGAACCCUACGUGUCUGGUUGUGAUUAUCCUGCUUUUCAUAAGUAUCAUUUUGGCUUUUAAGGGUUACUUGAUAAGCUGUGUGUGGAACUGUUACCGAUACAUCAAUGGCAGAAACAAUUCGGAUGUGUUGGUGUACAUUACCACCAACGACACUGCGGUCCUGUUACCACCAUAUGAUGAUCCUGCGAAUGGAGCUGCUAAAGAACCACCACCACCUUACGUGUCAGCAUAAGUGAGAGUGCUGUGUGCCUAGGGAGGAUAGCUUUACUUUCCACACAUUGAAGCAAUAGUUUGAUAAUUUCACUUCCAGAAUAUAACCUCCAUGGGUUACACCUUGCUGUUUUGCUGACAUAUUGAAACCUAAAUUGUAUGACUCAUAUUCUGUAGAUAGUUUUAAUAAUUUGCUGCAACUACAGUAGUGUUUCAGAAACUAAUGAACUAGUUUCAAAAUAAUUCUGGGUAGCACUAGGGUUACAGUAGUCACUGAAUAGCUUUUCCCACCAUGUCUGACAUACAGUGCUAGAGAACAUAGAACUUUGCAUUCUCAAUCAGGUUCAGUGUAACUUAAUUUUUUUAUUUGUAAAAUUUCCAAAGCAUUACAGAUACGUUUCUCAGAUGCCCACAUUCAACUUCAGAAUACAGACCAAGUAAAAAAUGUGACAUUCCAGUUCAUUCCUCUUCUGCAAGUGUUUUUGACGUUACUAUGCUAUACAUGAUGAUGAUGAUUGCAAGAAGAAGAAUUAGUCUUAUGCACUGUUCUCAUCAACCUGGCUAAUGCAAAACAUGUUUAAUUGGGAAGGAUAAGUACGGGAAAUGAGAAUAGACAAAGCACUCUGUGUGUAACAAGCCAGAACCUGUGAUCCACACAGACUCACUUCGUUCCAGCCUGAAACCAUUCUAAUGCUCAAAAAAGUGUUAGGAAAUUCUGAUAACUUUCUUUUCCCACCUACACACCUUUCUCCUCCCCACUAACUUCACAAAUAGUAUUUUGAGGUCAGAAGAUCCCUGCUUUAAAGUCCCAUGAUUAGGUGACAGAGCUGUGUCUUUCACUCUCAACAUGCAAAUGUUUUCCCAUCGAAAUGUGCCUGUAAAUAACGCAAUGUUCUGCUGAGUGUAAACUAAAUUAUACAGAUUCUAAGAUACAUGUUCCUAACCUGUGGGGAACUUAAGCAUGUAAUUUCCUUGAGCAUCAGCAGAUAUGUUUUGUCUGUUUCUCAUAUACAUCAAUGUCAGGGCAUUAGAUUCCUUUUAUGACUGAGCUGGUUGUGCUGAGAAUCUUUCUCAUGCGACUCAUCCAUUAAUGAAUGCUUGUAUGAGGUAUUUAUUUCUUCUCUAGAGAAGUGCCUCCUGCACAUGUAACUUUUUUUUUUUAAUGAAGUUUCUACUUUUAAUUGAAAAGGAACAUGAAAAGGGAAUAUAAUGUGUGUCUCUACCUCACCUUGUUUCCCUCUGCAUUGUCUCCUCUGCAUUUGGGGUGACUGAACAGGCUGAAGCUAAACUGGUGUCAUUGCACAGCACCCCAGGUAAAGGGCAGUGCAAAGCUGAGUCACAGUUUGCAGGGGCACCAGAAGACACCAAGGUGCCAUCUCUCCUGUGGCUGGGCUGGCACAUGAGUCCACACCCUUCCUGAGGAGGACACCUGUUUUCACCCGUAGUGCAUUGACUCCAUUCUGCCGACUGAAGAAAUGUGAAACUUUUCCUGACUUUUUCUGGAAAAGAGCUUUCCAGGGGAACACAGGACCAACAAAUUCUUUUCACAGAGAUUGCAACUGUGAGCUUUCUUGCAGAGGCCAGGGAAGGAAAGGACAGACUCCUUCUGCCUGUCUCUUCCACACUCCUGGCAAAAGGCAGGUCCCCAUCUGCUUGUUGGAAUUUUACUUCAUGGUUUAUCUAUUCUGAGAUCAAACUAAGCAAUGCAUUUGAAUGAACCCAUCCUGAAAUCCAUCCACUGAUCUUUGUCACAGUCCUAUUUUCUUCCUUCUGAAGAAUGCCAUCUACUCUCGUUACAGAUAUCUUUGGGAAUUAAUCUGAAUUUUGGGGUUGUGUUGACUGGCUGGGCUUCUGGGCUUCAUUUUCUUUCAUUCUGGACAGAUUUGUGAAGGAUGUUAAGCAGUCAUCUGUUUGAGAAUAGCUGGUUGUAAAUACGUCACAUCUGUGUAUACAAACUUCUCUACAAUAAAAAGGAUUGUUUCCUCAA